AUGCGCAACGAGCCGGUGAACAUUGAUAACGACGCGACCUAUGAGCUCGAAGAUUUUGAUCCGAUUCACCGUGAAGACGCUGACGACGUGGAAGCAUCGGAAGAUGCUGACGGUUUCAGCGCAGCCAAGGAGGAACCAGAACCAGAGCCCGGACCAGAGUCCACGUUAGCACAAGAUGUGCGGGAAGCGUACGUGCGUGACUUUGCAGCAGCCAAGGAGAGCCGGACUUGCUUUCUGAGCAGCAGCGCUGCCGUACUUUCAGCCUGGCGGGAAGCAGACCUGAAGCGUGCCCCCGAGUUUAACUGCCUACCCGACGCUAAGGCUGGGUGGGACCUCCACCUUCAGCGAGACGGCCAGCAUGUUCUCUGGUGGCACAAGUCGCUCCUGCAGCUGUUCAACCUUGUGUCAUUCAGGAGCAGGCACCUGAGUGCGGACGCGUUCUGCUCUGCACUCCUUGACAACUGGGAGCAAAAUGGCAUCCACCGUCCAGUUUCCGUUUUGGCAACCACGCUUCGCAAAUGCCUUCGGCAAGCACUCCUGUACAUGGACUGCCAGGGUGUCGUGGAUGACUACCUGGAGGGCGCACUUAGCACCUGGCCCCGUGGAGCUCUGAAUGGGUGCCCUUGUUGUGGGGACACUCCGAGGUGCAGCAGUGCAGGGAGUGGCGCGGCCGCAGCCGCCCCAGCCCCUGUUACCGGCGCCGCAGUGCCGGGGGUCGUGGAAGAAGCAGCAGCAGUGGAGGGGCCGGAUCCUGGACUGGAGCACACAGAGGUGGCGGCAGGCAGCCCUGCCGCCACUGAGGGCAAUCCCGUCCCCCCAGUCCCGUCAGCCGGCGCAGCAGCCCCGGGAACCAUGACAGCAGCGGUGUCCACGGGCGCUGCAGUGCUAGGGGCGGCAGUGCUCGUGUCGACUGACUGGCUGCUUCAGGACACCUGCAGCCCCGAAGCUGCAGGGCCCGGCCCCACGAGCUUGCACUCGGUACAUUUCGAUGCCUGCUUUAAGCUAAACCUGCUGUUCCAUAAGGGCUACGUUUCUGGCUACACACAGCUGGACGGCGCCGUUACUUCUUGCCCAACGCAUGGAUACAGCAGGUGCUUUGGGAUGGUCAUGCGUCACAGCAGACUGGUGUGCCACACUGCUCGAACUUUGAUGCUGACAAGGUGGGUGUGGGUCAGGAGCCAAGGUCCCGGCUGCGGAAUUGAGGAAGCACUGUCCUUCCUUGCAGCUGGCACCGCUGUACUGGUGGUACGAUAUCGUGUGCAGUUACGCAUGCCAGAACGUGUUUGGGCACCCUGGGGUGCAUGGUGUGGGACAGGGGACGGGCGAGCCAGCAGAGAUAUCAACAGUGUGGCCGGUCCGCAUGGCCGUACCACACAAUACAUGAACCCUGUCACUAGGGAAGCGCACUUGGAGCGGGUGGCGCGGCUGUGCUGCAGGGAUGUCGUAAGGAAUUUACCGGCAAGGUUGUGGCGAAUGCAGACUCAGGCUGAAGCUGCCCUGGACAGUGCCAGACACCGCAUCCGUGUCCUUGGGGCCGCAUUGGAGCAUAAGGGCGGUGAUGCAGCUGUGGUACAGCAGUCCCUCCAGCAGCAGCCUCGGCAGCUGGAAGCAGCUGACGUGGUGCCUGCCAGCCCAGCGGCUGAGUAUGCUCACUGCCGGCUCACUCUUCAGAAGCUGCAGAGGGAGGACACCCUCGAUGCCAGCUCUGAUGCGGCAGCGCCCAGCCCUUAUCCGUACAAUAAAAACCAGGCUGCCGAUCUUGAGAAGGCCGAUGCCUAUGACCCCGCUGCUUGGGGACCUGAGUCUGAGCUUAUGAGUGCGGCGCUAGGGAGCCUGGUGAAGGGAGAGCUGCGGAAGCUUUUUGCGGAGGAUGCCGUAGUGAACAUGCAUGCCCUGGAGCACGUGGUACAGUGA